ACUGGUGCUAUACUGUAGUUCACCUGUGCUUGGUCCCAGUACUUUACUCCUGCAUCUCUGAUUGAAGAAGAAUAUAUUUCGGACUUAUUUUCUUUUAAUUGUACAUUGAAUCCUUUACUUAAGUUGGAACCCAAGUUUUCUACUUUUUUUUUUCUACACUACUGUGAUUAAACUGAUAUUAAUGUUCCUCUGCAGAUAACCAGUUCAGAAUGUCCAUCCUGGAGCGGCUGGAACAGAUGGAGCACAGGAUGGCUGAGAUGGCUGGUCAGCAGCAGCAGGGCAGCGGAGGAACAGCAGGGACUGGAGGGGCAGGGGGAGGAGGAGGUGGAAAUGGAGGUGUUAACAGCCAGUCUCAGUGUGUCUCGGGACAAGCAGGAAGCUCUUUUGAGAGUCGUGUGGUUGUUGUUUGUGAGAAGAUGAUGAACAGGGCCUGUUGGGCCAAAUCCAAACAUCUGAUUCACUCCAAGACCUUUCGGGGCAUGACCUUGCUACACCUUGCUGCAGGCCAAGGCUAUGCCACCCUCAUCCAGACUCUUAUCAAAUGGCGCACGAAGCAUGCAGACAGCAUUGAUCUGGAACUUGAGGUGGACCCUCUCAACGUGGAUCACUUCUCUUGUACUCCACUGAUGUGGGCUUGUGCAUUGGGUCACCUAGAGGCAGCUGUGGUCUUGUACAAGUGGGACCGGAGAGCACUGGCCAUCCCAGACUCUCUAGGGCGUCUGCCCCUCUCCAUCGCCCGUUCCCGUGGCCACACCAAGCUGGCAGAGUGUCUGGAGCAGCUCCAGAGGGAGGAACAGCAGCAGCAGACCCCAUCCUCCUUACCCCCUACCUCUAGCAUGUCUUUCUCUCCCAAUCCUGACAUCCCCACCUCUAACAGCUGGAUGGUCAGCUGGGGCAGCGACAGUAUGCCCAACCCUGAGCUUCCAAGAUGGCCUAUUACCAUGGAGGGCAUAAAUGGGGGCACUAGAGAAGGGCUCAGAAACAGUGGCAUCAGCGGCAUAGGGAAGGAGAAGUUGGCCAGUCGGUUGCGACAGCGUGGCGAACCCCUCAGCAUGCUGGGAAUGGUGGAGAGAGAGAUAGUUGACACUGAGAUACUUUCUUACAAGGAGGAUCUAGAGAACCAGGACUGCCUCUCUCACAUGGAGGACCUGCAGGCGAAUAUGAUGAGCCUGGCAGAGCACAUCAUUGAUGCCACUCCAGAGCGUAUCAAGCGGGAACAUUUUCCAACCAUGGAGUCUGGUCCUCUGGACAACAGUGGGCUCACCAACACCAUGAGCUGGCUAGCCAGUUACCUGGGAGACGUGGAACACCUGCCCAGCAUCAUCCACUUUAGUCCCAUAUACAGUGAACCCCUGACGCUUCCCUCCAACCCUAGCCUGAGCCCGGGUAACUCGCCCAUGCGUGAGGGCCCAUUUGAGAAGCCGGCCUUGCCUGCUCCAUCUGAGUGGAGUGAGUUUCUCAGAGCCUCCAACAGCAAAGUGGAGAGAGAGCUAGCCCAGCUCACACUGUCCGACCCCGAGCAGAGGGAGCUCUACGAAGCUGCACGGCUGGUGCAGACCACUUUUCGCAAGUACAAGGGACGCCCACUGCGCGAGCAACAGGAAGUAGCCACCGCUGUCAUUCAGCGCUGUUACAGGAAGUACAAGCAGUAUGCACUUUAUAAGAAGAUGACGCAGGCCGCCAUCCUUAUCCAGAGUAAGUUCCGCAGCUACCACGAGCAAAAGAAGUUCCAGCAGAGCCGGCGGGCGGCCGUGCUGAUCCAGCAGUGCUACCGCAGCUACAGGAAGUUUGGCCGGCUGAGGCCCCACCACAGACCGGCCACCGCAGCACUGGUCCAGCACAAACUCAGAAGCAGUCUUCUCACAAAGAGGCAGGAUCAGGCCGCCCGCAAGAUCAUGAGGUUCCUCCGCCGUUGCCGCCACAGCCCCUUGAUGGACCAUAGACUAUUCAAGCGGAGUGAGAGAAUUGAGAAAGGCCAGGGAACAUGAAAGCGUCCAGAAGAGCCCCCUCACAGUGUGACAUUACUCCUCAGACUCUUCCUUUCAUUUUUUCAGUUUCAACCAGAGACGUUUUACAAGAGAGAGAGAAAAAAAAAAAAGCAAGAACACUGCAACUCUUACUAUAACUGUAUGACUGAUACUUCGUCGAACAACUUUGUUUUUCAUAUCUCUUUACUCCUUCUAUGUUUCUUUUAUGAAGGAAAGAGCCAGCUGCUGUGGAUGAAAACAAACUCUAAGGAUGUUGUUUUAGGAGGAACAACAUUUGCUUCGUGGCAUUUUUUGCACUUUUUAAUGGAUUGAUUUGUUAUUUUGGAUGAGCAUUAAAUGUUUUGUUACACAAGGAAAAAUAAGGAAUGGAAGUCCUGCUCUUCAGUUGCUCGUAAAGAGAAGAUGAAUGAAGAAAGGAAGAAAAAGAAAGAAUAUGCCAAAAUAUGGAGUUGACACAAACAUGGCCGGACCUGUUCCGGGAGUAUUUGAUUGUUUUCAAAAGAUCACAAGAUGUGUUUAGUGGGUUACCAAAAAUGCCGAAUAAUUCAUGAAUUAGUUUUUUUACAUGCUUUACUCCACAACCAAACAAAUUAGUCAGAAACUUCUUCCGGUCUGUCCCUUACAGUUGCCUGUCUUCUCUUAGCUAAAAGGGGACUGGAUAGCUAAUGAAUGUAAGAGGGAUAUUAGCAGGUUUGCGUGAUGUGUCAAAUACUGAUGUCAUUUUGCUAACAAGACGUGUGGAAAAAACAUAGGUAUACAUACAAUUUUAAUCAACAACCAUUUUCAAAUUGAUGAAAUUCAGCCAGUUCAAAGUUAGCAAGACAUCGUAGAACAAUGAAUCGCUCCAGGCAGAUCUUGUCUUAUGCUUGCUUGAAACUAGGCCACAGUCUUUUUAUUUGUUUAGUU